GGAUAUGACAUUUUAGGUUUAUUUGCCUCUAGUUUCUCAGGUACAGAUCUUGAGCAAUAAACACUCAAUGUUACACUGUUCAGCAGACUUUAUCCUAGUAAACCUAACAUCUUGGAAUACACAAGCAAAUAGACGGUGAGGAAUUUUGUUCUUGACGGUGAGGAAUUUUGUUUCCGUAUUUGCCUUUUUGGCCAAGCCUCUUUUGUGUCUGGUUUCUCUUUUGCAUCUUGAGGAUUAAUGGCUAAGACAGAUGAACCCAGAAUAAUGCUGCUCAACAUUCUCUUGUUAUACACAAACGUACAGCUCUUCAAGAUUUUCUUCUUGUGAACUGGUCCUGUGUGUUUAGCGGUGUGUGACAUUGCCAACAUUUUUUAUGAGGAAGAAAGAAAUGAAUAAACAUGGUCGUGUUUGCGGCAGGCGCUGCCUGGGUCCCAUGAAAUUUCUUUCCGGAGUGGAGGGAGACGCAGGGCUUCUCGCCUCCAGGGACACAGCAUCCCGCACAGACAGACUCGUUUUCCUUUGCCGUGCAGUAAAAGUAAACGAGAAGGUCAGGAUACAGAUUGAAAGUGGACUCUUGUCGCAGGACAGUCACAGAGCUAUCAAGAUCGGUUUUACAAAUGUCUCUCCUCUCAGUGCUGCACGGGGCCUGCGGUCCUGCGUGGUACCUCUACCGGAGAACUUGUGCCUGCCUGGUGCACAAAUUGAGUUCUGGAUGAACUAUGCACUUUUUGUUAUUAUCCGAGCAAGUGAUCGGAAGAAAUAUUACAUGAAAGGAGAAGGACUAAAUCUGCAUGAGCCAUUGUUUGUUUUCUUGGAGCUUUGUGGAAGCACGAGCACAGUGAGGCUUUUGGGUUCGCGGAAGGGGGAUCGCACGUCUUGCCCUUUUCUUCCAUCAGAUACAACAGGGAGCAAAGAACAAGCCCUUAAUGAAAACCUCCUUAACCUCAGUCUCAUCUCUGAUGAUAAUGCAAAUUCAGAACAAACAGUAUUCAGAGAAGCACCAGAAUGGCAAGCAAGUCACUCACCGGCACAUGCUAGUACAUUGGUUUCUACUCAAAGAUCAAGUCAAGGUGAACACAGACAGACUGCAGAGAGCAGAGGUUUAAAGAGAAGGCAUCGCUCUUCAGUGGAAGACACGGAUGUGACGUCCUUGCUGAAAGCAUUUCAAAUGCAGUAUCUCAGCUCUAAUGAGGUACAUGUGGUCAUCCAGAGGACAAGACUUCUGAGGAGUGCACUUGUUGCUCUUUCCAACAGGAACUUCUCCUGGACUAAAAAACCUUUUAUCGAGUUUGCUGGUGAGGAGGCUUUUGACAACGGUGGUCCGAGGAGAGAGUUCUUUAGGCUCCUGAUGAUCGAGGUGCAAAGCAGCCUUGGUGUAUUUGAAGGAAACCCAAAACACUUGUUCUUCACUUACGACCAGAUUGCUUUGCAGCAGCGUAAAUACGAGCAAGCCGGGAAACUUGUAGCUUGGUCUGUAGUUCAUGGAGGACCAGGAAUCAAAGCUCUAGACCCUCAUCUUUACCAGCUCAUGUGUGGAGUACAGACGAAACUGGCAGACUUUGACUGGCGUCUCAUACCAGAUCCAGACGUCCAAAGAAAAGCUGAAAAAAUCUUAUCUUGCAGGACAGCUGAACAGCUUUGUGAUCUGCAAAGAGAAUUAGGAGACUGGAUCAGUGAUUGUGGAUUUCCAGGCAUUUAUGGACCAAACAUUGGCAUCCAAGACAUUCCUAAGAUUUACUCCUUCGUUGUGAGGCACUAUAUUUAUCUUAGGGUAUCGAAUAUGAUCAACCAGUUCAUCAGAGGCUUGAACUCAUGCGGAAAGCUGUGGAACAUAGUAAAAGCCAACUGGACUGAUUUCCUGCCUAUUUUUACCAAAACAUAUGAACGGCUAUCGCUGUCAUCAUUCAGAGCCCUGUUUGAUAUCGGCUGGAGUGCCGAAGGUACCAAGAGGAGAGAGGAGGAAGAGGAAACCAUUUACCACUGGGAGCUGGUGCUGAAGAUGAUUGAUGAACAAGAAACAGAGCUGGGUUUCGAAGAGCUGCUUGUAUUCAUCACGGCGUCGGAUGAGGUUCCAGUGUUGGGCUUCAAUGAAAAACUCAGCAUUCACUUCUACCAGCCUGAAAGGAGAGGCUAUCGUCUACCCUACACGUCCACAUGCAUGAUGGGACUUUUCCUUCCUCGGGGGAUCAGGAGUCAUGUAGAACUCAACCAGAUGCUGCUGAGAGCAGUGAGAGACUCGAGUGGAUUUGGAAAAUCGUAAAUUUAUGUUGUGUAUGAAUUGAUAAUAUUGUACUGUUAAAAACAAGAAAUCGUUUGGUUUUGGUGCAGCAUUUGAUCUGACCCUCACGUGAACUUCCUGGAACUGCUGCAGAGAGAAAUGAGAGGAUUUGGUCAAAUCAUUGUUCACCAGUCACCAUUGUUAUUUAUCUGCUAUUCUUAGUGAAAAUGACUCGGUUGUUAAUGCAUAAAGAGGUACUGAAGAGUCAUAUUAGAAGACUAUCAUUUAUAAACUCAGUACAAAAAUGUAAUAUAUAUUUAUAAAUUUAUAAAUACGUGUGUGUGUGUGUGUGUGUGUGUGUAUGUGUGUGAUAGUAAAACUAAAAAUCAUUACAUGUCAAAACAUUAAUAUGAUUCCAUGUCUAUCUGUAGUAUCUGUGUAGCUUUAAAAUUUUGCAGAUAAUGAAAAUAAUAAAAUAUGUUAUAAAAACACAA